AAAAAUAACACAUUUCUUCCGGAAUAACCCGUUUAGCAUAAAAGGGUAGUUAUUUUCGUUUUCUGGUAAGCUCCCAUUGAUUCUCUCCUUCCAAUCCAACCCUAGAAUCCAACUCCAUUAUUCUCAAGCUCCCCCAACCCAAUCAUGGAACCAACACCGGCCCCCUUCUUGCCGGAGCCACUCAUUCACAACAUCCUAGCUCAUCUUCCUCCAAAGGACGCCAUUCGAGCUUCUGCCACCUCCAAGAUAUGGCGGUUUGCCUGGCUUUCCUCUCCCUUUUUCGUCUUCGACGAAACAACACUACCCUUCAAAGACACCCAUUUCUUUGAUUACGCGGACAGGAGCUUGGGGCUCUGGCUCGAUCGCUGCCAUGCCAGGGGGGUUAACGUGGAGAAGCUAAAGCUCUGCGCCGACAUCACCGACGAGCAAUCCUUUUCUCGUUUCGUUCAGCUGGUCGCCAUGGCCACCAAGCGUGAUUUUAAGGUAAUGGAACUUCAAAGCUGCUCUGAAGAAUUCUGGGUUCUCUUUAAUUGCACUUCUUUUUGGCUACUUCUUUUUGAAGCCAAAUCGCUCGACGUUUUGUCUCUGAAAAGCUUUGGUAUUCUCAUUGCGGGUUCUUUGGUGGCGACCUCUUCUUUGAAGAAGCUUAUUGUUAGUUGUUCAUGUAUAGAUGAUAAUAGUUUAAAGAAUUUGUUAUCCUGCUUUCCUUUAUUGGAGAAUUUAGUAUUGGAUUACUGUUUUGGUUUCUCUGAGCUCCAUAUUUCGUGCCCCGAACUUAGAACACUGGAGGUGAGUUAUUACGGCCUUUCAGCUCCGAAUGUGGUGAUCAAAGCUGAAAAGCUCGAGUCUUUUAUUUAUACCAGGGCUUUAAACUCUCCUGGAAGUAUUAGCUUUUUAAGUUGUAGAUUACUAAAAAGUUUGCAAAUUGAACGUGCGGAUUUCGGUCAGCCUGAUGCCAUUGAAGAUUAUAUCAAGCAAAUUCCUUUGCUUGAGAAUCUGGCAUUACUGGAUUGUGGAUUGACUGGGACUGGGAGUUUUCUGCUCUCUCACUCAAAUCUCAAGAGUUUGAGGAUUCAAUGUUGCUGGGGGUUGUUGAAGGCUGAGAUCAACACCCCUAAUCUUUGUUAUUUCAGAUAUUGCGGGACCAUUUUUCAGUUGACAACGUUUAGAUACUCUUGUUCUGGAUUGCUUAAGGCUGAAAUUGAAUUGACCACGGGUUCUAUGGAGCGAACCGAAUGGUUUUGGUUCAUUAAGCUGAGAAAUUUCCUCCAAAUCUUCAGCAGAUGCAAAGCAUUGAAGGUGCAUUGUUACAUACAGGGAUUUACGGAAGAACACAGGGAUUAUAAUUUGCUUCCUGAUCCUUUGUACGAGGCAAAACAUUUGAAUAUUACGAAUCGGAAGCUUCCAAUAGCAGAUUACGCUUGUUUUCUGGGUGCAAUGAUAAAGCUUUUUCCUUGUGUAGAAACCCUAUUUCUUAAGACAGGGUAUGCUAAAAUCUUCAUUGAGUUUAGUGAAGAUGGAUCUUUCUCUUUGAACUGGCGAGAAACUAUCAACAUUUCUGAUAGUGAUGAGUAUGACAGAAUAUUUCAGUCUAUCAGUGUGGUCAUUGAUGAUAUAGUAGAGUGGCUUAAUUGGACGGAGGAAGAUACCCCUAUUCGAAAAGAAGAUCUGCAUCAGCAAACUCUGGCAGAACAUAAGAUUCAAUCAGCAUCUGGCCCUUUGAACAUGCAACUUGCUCAAGUACCAAAGAUGUUACCAGUGCUUAGGCAAGAGUGGGCUCCAAAGGCUUUUCUCAUUUCAUUCAAGCUAGAGACAGAUUCAAAGAUUCUUUUGAAGAAGGUAGCUGGAGCUCGUGAAAUAUACAAGAUGAAUAUGGUGGUAGCAAACGAGCUGGUAACUCACAACAAGCAGUGAAAAUAUUAGAGUUAGCAGAGACAAGAACUUGGGUGUUGAUAAUGUGGAAGAUCCUCUAAUUUAAUUCUUGUUGAAAGACAUUCAAGCCCAUAUUAACACCAUAUUAUACUCGUUAGUUAAGAAGUUGAACAUUUUUUGAAAGAUUAUGAAUGGUAAAGAUAGAUCAACACUGUACUAAGUAUUUGUUUAUGAUGAUUUUAUGCACAGUGCAAGUUUGUAGAACUUUUGAAUCAUUGGAUCUCUGUGCAGAUUUUAUAUUAGAUGUUAGUAAAUUUUCUCGCCAUUUUGGUGCUUAAAUUUUAA